UGGAGAAGAAAAAGCCGCUGCUCGUCUGAGCCGCUUUAGUCCCUCGAUUUAUAAAAAUAAAAACACGUUAUUGUGUCUGGCUCUGAGGAUUUAAAACCUUGUUCUGCUUUAAAACCCUGAGCUGUGUGAGGACAUGAAAACCGAGACAUCCAUGGAUGGAGAGACCUCAGAAGCCUGUGUGAAGAAAGAGGAGACGCUGGAGCUGAAUAUUUACAACUAUGGAGACGAUCUCGACAACCCACCUGAAGGUCUCUCCGUUAAAGUGGAAGAUCCUGACGAUAAAGACUAUCUCUACUGUGAAGUUUGCAAAUCCUUCUUCCUCAACAAAUGCGAGGUUCAUGGACCACCCCUCUUCAUUCCCGAUACUCCUGUUCCCAUGGGAGUCCCUGACCGAGCCAGACAAACUCUUCCUCCUGGGCUAGAAAUCCAGAAGUCCAGUAUUCCUGAUGCAGGCCUGGGAGUGUUUAAUAAGGGGGAGACUGUUCCAGUAGGUGCACACUUCGGACCCUGCCAGGGAGAGCUGGUGAACCGAGAGGAAGCCAAGAACAGUGGAGACUCCUCGGUUGUAUACAGGAGCAUGCAGUGUGAAGAAUACAUCGAUGUCAAAAGAGAGACGCAUGUGAAUUGGAUGAGGUAUGUGAAUUGUGCCCGUAAUGAAGAAGAACAGAAUCUUGUGGCAUUUGAGUAUCAAGGGGGAAUUCUGUAUCGUUGCUGUCGAUCCAUUAACCCAGGACAGGAGCUCUUGGUGUGGUAUGAAGAGGAGUACACCAAAGAACUCAGUCCUGCACCUACAGGAACAACCAGACAGCAAGAAGUAAAGAACGCUCUGCUGCAAGUCUUUUCCUGCUCCACAUGCCCUUGUUCCGAUGCAUCUCAAAUUUACCUCGACAAACACAUCCAGAGAUGCCACGAUGAAGAGGAUGCGAGACUGCGAGAAUCAGGAGAGAUUAAAUAUGAGCUUCAGAUCCCCUCCAAAUGCUCCAGUCGUCAGCCGACAUCAACUGAUAUCCAUUCUGAUACUUCCCAUAAUGAUAUACAGAAGGAAAUUCACCACUGCUCAGAUUGUGAAAAGAGUUUUAGUUAUCAGAAUGCACUCAAAACACAACAGCGCAUUCACACAGGAGAGAAGCCGUAUCACUGCUCACAGUGUGGGAAGAGUUUUACUGAACAGAGUGCUCUCCAACAACACCAGCGCAUUCACACAGGAGAGAAGCCGUAUCACUGCUCACAGUGUGGGAAGAGUUUUACUCAUCAGAGUACUCUCCAACGACACCAGCGCAUUCACACAGGAGAGAAGCCGUAUCACUGCUCACAGUGUGGAAAGAGUUUUACUGAACAGAGUACUCUCCAAAAACACCAGCGCAUUCACACAGGAGAGAAGCCGUAUCACUGCUCACAGUGUGGGAAGAGUUUUACUCAUCAGAGUGCUCUCCAACGACACCGGCGCAUUCACACAGGAGAGAAGCCGUAUCACUGCUUACAGUGUGGGAAGAGUUUUACUCAGCAGAGUACUCUCCAAAAACACCAGCGCAUUCACACAGGAGAGAAGCCGUAUCACUGCUCACAGUGUGGAAAGAGUUUUACUCAUCAGAGUGCUCUCCAACGACACCAGCGCAUUCACACAGGAGAGAAGCCGUAUCACUGCUCACAGUGUGGGAAGAGUUUUACUGAACAGAGUGCUCUCCAAAAACACCAGCGCAUUCACACAGGAGAGAGGCCGUAUCACUGCUCACAGUGUGGGAAGAGUUUUACUCAUCAGAGUGCUCUCCAAACACACCAGCGCAUUCACACAGGAGAGAAGCCGUAUCACUGCUCACAGUGUGGGAAGAGUUUUACUGAACAGAGUGCUCUCCAAAAACACCAGCGCAUUCACACAGGAGAGAGGCCGUAUCACUGCUCACAGUGUGGAAAGAGUUUUACUCAUCAGAGUACUCUCCGACGACACCAGCGCAUUCACACAGGAGAGAAGCCGUAUCACUGCUCACAGUGUGGGAAGAGUUUUACUGAACAGAGUGCUCUCCAAAAACACCAGCUCAUUCACACAGGAGAGAAGCCGUAUCACUGCUCACAGUGUGGAAAGAGUUUUACUCGUCAGAGUACUCUCCGACGACACCAGCGCAUUCACACAGGAGAGAAGCCGUAUCACUGCUCACAGUGUGGGAAGAGUUUUACUGAACAGAGUGCUCUCCAAAUACACCAGCGCAUUCACACAGGAGAAAAGCCGUAUCAUUGCUCACAGUGUGGGAAGAGUUUUACUCAGCAGAGUAAUCUCCAAAAACACCGGCGCAUUCACACAGGAGAGAAGCCGUAUCACUGCUCACAGUGUGGGAAGAGUUUUACUCAUCAGAGCGUUCUCCAAACACACCAGUGCAUUCACACAGGAGAGAAGCCGUAUCACUGCUCACAGUGUGGAAAGAGUUUUACUCGUCAGAGUACUCUCCAACGACACCGGCGCAUUCACACAGGAGAGAAGCCGUAUCACUGCUCACAGUGUGGGAAGAGUUUUACUCAGCAGAGUAAUCUCCAAAAACACCAGCGCAUUCACACAGGAGAGAAGCCGUAUCACUGCUCACAGUGUGGGAAGAGUUUUACUCAUCAGAGUGCUCUCCAAACACACCAGUGCAUUCACACAGGAGAGAAGCCGUAUCACUGCUCACAGUGUGGGAAGAGUUUUACUCAUCAGAGUGCUCUCCAAACACACCAGUGCAUUCACACAGGAGAGAAGCCGUAUCACUGCUCACAGUGUGGAAAGAGUUUUACUCGUCAGAGUGCUCUCCAACGACACCAGCGCAUUCACACUGGAGAGAAGCCGUAUCACUGCUCACAGUGUGGGAAGAGUUUUACUCAGCAGAGUAAUCUCCAAAAACACCAGCGCAUUCACACAGGAGAGAAGCCGUAUCACUGCACACAGUGUUGGAGAGUGCUCUCCAACGACACCAGCGCAUUCACGUAGGACAGAAGCCGUAUAACUGAUCAUGGUGUGGAAAGACGUUUGCUUAUUUAGUUACAUUUAAGACCUUAAGGUGCACUAACUGGGAGACAUUGCAUAAUUUAAAGUUGUCAAAUUAAAUAUGGUUAUUACAGUUUUGACUGAAAAUAACCUGUACUUUUUGAACUUUAUUCAUGUUACACUGGUCAGCAAUUUUUCAGAAGUUGUCUGCAUCAGCGAUGAAAUUGUCUAUUAUGAAAUUUGGUGUGUUGAAUUAGACGUGACAGUUAAUCAGCUGAUUGGCUGGGGCUUGCAAGAUAUUUAAAAUUUUAGAUUUUAUACUUGUGUACAUUGUGUAGAUCGUAAUGUUUUAAGUAUAAAUUGUAAAACUAGGUCUCGUGUGUUUAUGGUUGGUUUACAUGAUAUUUCACCUGUUCUCCUUAUGUAAUACUAGAAAAUCAGCUAAAAGUUUAUAUAAAUAAAAUGUAUUAUGAACCAAAUUGCAAAAAACAA